AACGCCCUGCGGAGCUUGCUGGAGGCCCUCACCAGCCCCCCGUACGCCCCGACCCAGCACCUCGAGCGGGAACAAGCCUUGGCCAAGCAGUUUGCCGAGAUCCUCCACUUCACCCUCAGCUUCGACGAGCUGAAGCUGGAUGCAGAGAGUGAGGUGAACAAUGAGAUGGCCAACAGGAUGUCCCUCUUCUACGCCGAGGCCACCCCCAUGCUCAAAACACUCAGCAAUGCCACCACCAAGUUCGUUUCGGAGACCCUCCCGAUCGAGGACACCACCGACUGCCUGAGCACCAUGGCCUGCGUCUGCAGGGUGAUGCUGGAGACCCCGGAGUACCGGAGCCGCUUCACCAACACCGAGACCCUCCUCUUCUGCAUGCGGGUGAUGGUCGGGGUCAUCAUCCUCUACGACCACGUCCACCCCGUGGGGGCCUUUGCAAAGACCUCCAAGAUUGAUAUGAAAGGCUGCAUCAAAGUCUUGAAAGACCAGCCCUCGACCAGCACCGAGGGGCUCCUGAACGCUCUGAGGUGA